AGAGGACCCAUAAGCACAAACAAAGAAAAAAUUAUAUUGAUUAUAAAAAUAAAGAAACAAAAGGGAGAAAAUCCAUUUCAUUUCAAUUCAAACCAGACCCAUGACAAAAACCCACUGUAGAAAUGGCAAGAGAGAGCUCAGUAUCAAACUACCAAGUCCGAAAUCAACCAAAUCCCAACAAAAAAGAGGAACAAACCAACAAGUGCAGCUCAUUCUUUCCUCCUCUCUUGCAGCUCUGUUUGUGAAAGUUUCUCAGAUUCGGUGCAGUGAGUACUGGGUUACUGCCGAAGAGUGGGGUUAAAGAGAAAUAAAUGAUAAUUUGUGGCCUUGUUAUUACCAUUAGAUUUUAUAGACGCCACGUGUCGUUCAUCUGUUCAAAAAAGGAGAAAGCAUGAGACAAUAAAAACUGUAGAGGAGCCGGACCCAUUAUAACUAUCCCACCAAUUUUGAUUUCUCUCUCACCGACACUAACAUAGCUGAGAAAGAUCUUUCUCCACCACUUCUUUAAUCGCUCUGAAACUGAAUGCAUACUGAUAUCCACUUAAUGGGAAAUCCUGGAGCCAACGAAAAGAUACUUAGCUACAAUGAUGUUGUACUCAGACAAUCUGAUAUGGACAUCCUUAGUGGCCCAUAUUUUCUCAAUGAUCAAAUCAUCGAGUUCUAUUUCAGUUACCUUUCUUCAUGCUAUCCUGCUCAGGAAAUCCUACUUGUUCCACCUUCCAUUGCUUUUUGGAUAAUGAAUUGCUCAGCUGUGGAGAGUCUCAAAGAUUUUGUUGAACCCCUUCAUCUUCCUGACAAGAAACUGGUAAUCUUUCCUGUAAAUGACAAUGAAGAUGUAUGCAAAGCUGAAGCUGGGUCUCAUUGGAGCUUACUUGCAUUCGAGAGAAAUGCUAAUGUAUUUGUUCAUCAUGAUAGCAAUAGAGGAAUUAAUGAUUGGCAUGCUAGACGACUAUAUAAGGCUGUUGUUGGAUAUAUAGGGGCCUCCGAUUCAGCAUCAACUGCUAGUUAUCUAGAAUGCACUGAUUCACCACAGCAAGUGAAUGGUUAUGAUUGUGGCUUGUAUGUUACUGCCAUUGCAAAAGCUAUUUGCAGCUGGCAUAAUAGUGGUGAAGACAAAGAGGGAGAUGGUAUGUGGUUUUCUUCUGUGAAGGAGCAAGUCACCCCAUCAAGUGUUGCUGAGAUGCGUAGUGAGAUCCUAAGCCUCAUCAGAAGUUUAAUUGGCCAUGAGGUGAAGCCUGCCCCACUACAAAACGAGGGUAUGAAAGACUAGUGUUAUUUGUAAAAGACUUUUAACCAAAUUUCUGUUCCGCAUUACUCUUAAAGACUCAAAAAGAUCUCCAAGAGUGCAAAUAUUUGAUGGCAUUUGUUUUUCUUCCCCCUUUUUUUUGUUGGAGGAGGAGGAAUGCUAUGAUUCCUGAUUCCUAAGCUUAGGAGAUCCAUGUAAACUGUAGUCGUUGGCAACUGCCAUUAGAUACUUUCAGUUACCUUUCUCUUUUUCUUUUUUUGGUUGAAAGAUACUUCAGUUACAUAGACCAUAAAAUUGUUGUGCACUUAAUGAACACAUGAAGAAAAACUAUUCUCCUUGUUCA